UUGUUCAGUUGUGUUCCAAAAGUUCUUUUCCGGAAAAGAACUUUCGCAAAAACGCGUAAUUAGUUGCACUGUACCACGUUCAAUCUGGUGAGGUCAUAUUAGUCACAAUAGUCUGUAGCUACUAGCUAGUCUGUAUUCUGUAGUCACACUGGUGAGAGAGGUGAGUAAAAAUGGCGCCGAUGCCCGGACGCGGAUGAGACGUCGGCGUCGGUAGGGUCGGCGGCAAUCGACGAAGGAUGAGACAGACGCGAGUUACCAGGUGACAGCGGACGCGUGGCCAAUGGCUUCAAGAUGAUUGGCCGACGUUGCACUCUUUUCGCCUUGAGCAUUCUCUUGAUCUUGGUCCUCAGCGUAAACAUCUACUUUAUCCGAAUGAUCGUCGAGAGUUCUUCCUCACAUAGGACGUACGCCAAAAAUUUACCGGAACCGAAACCCAGGCAAGAUCCCUCCACGUCUUCGCGAUCCAGUGAAAAAGAUUUGCCGCAAUUGAGGUCAAUCGCAAAGGAUAUCGGCGAGAGGCUCAAAGAAGAGAUUCGCACGCUGCCCUCCAAAUAUUUUAAACAGAACACCAGCUACACUCUCGUUCUGGAACGGUUGCUAGCCGAGCUAACGAUAAUGCCGAAUGUCCGCGAAGAUAUCUGGAAUAUUCCCAAUAAUAAUUGGCCAGAUGCACAUCAACUGAUUCCGCCGGCAGCACCGGAGCUGGGGACUAUUUUGGAAGUUUUGCGGAGAUCUAGAGUGGUCCGUGCGGAUAACGCUCCAUUGGGUACACAGCUGAAGCUUAUGCUCAAUCUCGAGAACGACGUAAAAGCAUUAUUUAAGCCACAAUGGUACUCCAGACACGCUAUUAUACACGGACCAGUGUACCAUGGCAAGGAUCGGCACAAUGCUGAAGUGGUGGCUUUUCAUUUAUCAUCCUUGUUGGCAUUGCGAAGAGUACCACUCGCCGUUAUGCGAAAACUUGAUCUAAAAGAAGAGGUUGGCAACCGCGCGACGCCGGCACUAUACGCAACUAUGUAUCAAGAGGGUAACGAUACGUGCCUAUAUGGCGUUUGUCAUUAUUGUUCUCCAUCCGAUCCCGUCUGUGGAACGGGGGAUGUAUUGGAGGGUGCUCUCAUCUUUUGGCUUCCGCGAUACUUAAGACUGGUCAAGCAUCGUCAUCCUUGGCAGCGGACUUAUAAAAGAAACAAACUUGCUGCGUGGGAAAUAGAUGAGGGCUAUUGUGAUAAAGUAAAAGACUCAAAGGCUUAUUCGCCGCAAUCGUCGAGUAGGCUCUUGGAUUUGAUCGACACAGCGAUCUUCGACUUCCUUAUGGAUAAUGGUGAUCGGCAUCAUUAUGAACUUGCGCAGAAUAAUUUCCAUAAUCCCGCAGUGCUGCUGAUCGAUAAUGGAAAAAGCCUAAGCAAUCCUGAUGUGGAUCACCUUGACAUCCUAGCGCCUCUCUACCAGUGCUGCAUGAUUCACAAAACGAUGUGGGAUAGGUUGCGACUGUUUAGUGGUGGCUCUUUAAGCAUCGCAUUAGGUAGACUUCUUGUACAUGAAGCUGAAAUGUCAAAUGUUUCUCCACUCAUCACAGAGGCGCACUUAAGUGCCAUGAAUAGAAGACUGCUUACCAUUUACGCUGUAGUAGAAAAUUGCCUGAAGAAAAAGAAGUACAUUUCUAAUGUAAUUCUAGAUCAUCGGUAGUCCAAGAACAAUUCUUAGGAUGAGUGAAAGUUAUAUAUAAAAAUGUAAACGUUUCUUGUAAAAAGUAGAUAGAUAUGAAGAUUUAUUAUCUAAUUAAAAGCUAAUAAGAUAAUAAAAUUAAUAAAAAAAAUUA